AUGAGCGCCUCGCGCGGGGCGCUCGUCCUGUUCGAAGGCGCCGAUCGGUGCGGGAAGAGCACGCAGGCGCGGCGAUUGGUGAAGACGCUCGAACAGCGCGGUGUUCGAGCCGAGCUGUGGCGAUACCCCGAUCGAACGACGAAGACGGGAGAGAUGAUCGACGCGUACCUGCGAUCGGAGAGUGAUACCGCGGACGCGGCGAUACAUCUCUUGUUCGCGGCGAAUCGAUGGGAGAAGAAGGCGUUGAUGGAACGCAAGCUCGCGGAUGGGGUGACGUUGGUGUGCGAUAGGUACUCGUACAGCGGGUGCGCGUUCACGGCGGCGAAAGGGGUGGAGGGAUUGGAUUUGACGUGGUGUAAGGCGCCGGAGGUUGGGUUGCCGAGACCGGACGCGCUGAUGUAUCUGGAGUUGUCGCUCGAGGACGCCGCGCGAAGGGGCGGAUUCGGCGAGGAGCGAUACGAGACGACGGAGAUGCAGCGCGCGGUGAAGGAGAUGUUCGAGUCCAUGCGCGAGCCGUGGUGGGACGUGAUCGACGCGAAUCGCGACGAGGAGGUGAUCGAGCGCGAGGUGUUGGAGAUCGCGCUCGGGGCGAUCGAACGCGCGAAAUCGGGUGAACCGCUCGGUACGCUCUGGGACGCGCGCGCGUAG